UCUUUUCUGUGUGAGUCGCCGGAGCUCCCUCAGCCUACUCCUUACCACCUGUCCUUGACUUACUGUGCACAGACGAGACUGAGAGAAAGCUGUGCUGCUCACUCCUCCUCUGGCACCUUUUUGUCUCUGUUUAUGUGAGCAGCUGCGUUCAAAAAAAUAAUAAUCUUUCACUCUGUGUGUGGCUGUCUCUUUCUACCUGUGGUGCUUCAGUGGAGUGGCGAAGAGAGGAGCGUCUGUCCUCGGCCGGUGGAGCUCUGAUGGGAGGCAGUGCUGGCUCUGGCUGGGACUGGGGAUGCUGAACGGGGGGAGGGAGGGCCUGUUUGAGCUGGGACAGCAGCUCCAGCAGCAGGGGGAGUACCAGGCCGCCCUCCACUGCUUCCUCAGCUGCCUGUUGGGACUGACCCAUGUGCAGAGCUUCACCUCUUUGCCCAACUGCCUACACCAGAUUGCAGAACUCUUCAUCACUGAAAAGAAUUAUGGGAAGGCCCUCCAGUUCAUCCAGGCUGAAAAAAUGUUCUAUGAGGUGGCACUGAUCGAGCUCACGGCUCUUCAGGGGAGCACAGGCAAUUUUACGGCUGAAGCACCAAAUAGCCAGUCGAUCCAGUGA